AUGACAGACCCUAGAAUCAACUUUGAUGACCUUCAACAAUUGUUGACAGAGCUAGAGUCACCAAUCUUGACAAAGAGCACUAUGCACGGUGCAAACACCAUUCCCCCCUUUGUUCAACAACAUUCAUCUCCUGAUCAAACCAACAUAGAUUCAACAAUAACAACAACAACACAACAAUCAGAUAAUAAUAAUAAUAAUAAUGCAGUUGGAGGAGGGGUUGUAACAAAAUUAGAUUUAUCAAAUUUACAAAACAACAAUAAUAAUAAUAAUCAUUCAUCAUCAUCAUCGGAAUCACCAGUAUUAAAAGCAUUGUCAGGUAGUAGUGACCAAAUAUCAAGUCGUAGUGUAUCAGAGUAUGGUGGUAGUAGUAGUCAUGGAGGAUCAGAUUCUAAUCCAAUGACACCAACCACUCCACUGAUGGGCAGAUACAUGAUGCAAAAAGAAAUAUCUUUGGAGCAGUUGAGGCAGAUCUCUGAGAACUCUCCCUUGUCAAAGUCAAACAAGUAUGGUCGUGGAAAUCCAAUCCCUCGAUUACAACUAUUGACCGAGGAAGAUGAAGAAGACGAAUAUGACGAUGACGACGACGACGAUGACAGUUGUAGCUCAUCGUCUGAAAGUGAGGAGAUCUUGGUAGCGUCGUCACGUGGUAGUACACCAUCCCACGAAGUGUUGAUGAAACUUAUCAACAGUGCCAAUAACCAUCGUAACCAAAUACACAAAAAACAACAAUUGCAACAACAAUUGGAGGAAUUAAAACAACAAUUGGAUUUGGGUGCAAAUACAAGUAGUAACAGUCUUGGAAAUAGUAGUGAGAUUAGUAAUAAUAAUAGUGAAGAAAUCAAUGGAGUACCUCAACAACAACAACAACAAGAUGGGUCAGGAUCUGUAACUCCAACCACUACAACUACAACUACAACGACUACAACAAAUACAACAAAUACAACUAAUAAUGCAAGUGAUAAUAAUAGUAAUGAUGAUGGUGACCAUCAUGGUAAUGGUAAUAAUACAUCACCGCCACCAAUGACACCAGCUUUGAUGGUAUUAGAUAUGGACAGACAGUUACGUAAAUCAGGUAUUAGGUUGUCAUCGAAUUUGGGGUCACCGCUCAUAUCGUCGAGAUUGCCAAAUCAAAGGGCCGGAUCGUUACGACUCAAGAUGAUGGAGUUGAAUGAAGAAGAGUACCAGUUACAACAAGAGUUUCAAGAGAUGGAGAGAAGGGAAUCGGUUAAUUCAGCCAUUCAUCCAGACUUGACCGUUUCAAUAUCGAUUGUAGAUAAACUCGAUCAAUAUGCUGGCGAGGAAGAAGAGGAACAAACUACUACUACCAACCGAUUAAUGAUAAGUGAAGAUGCAAGACAAAAGUCUAUCCGAUUGGACCGUCUUAAAGGAGAGGUGUUGUCACAAUUAGCAUCACUUGAAAUUGACCCCAAAACUGGUGAGUCACUCGUCCCCAUCACAGCUUCAUUAUCAGAGUCUGCUAGAAAGUUGCGUGAACAAGCACAAGAGAUCAAGUUGAAUCUACCUUUACCAGAGGAUGAUAAAGACCAACAAACACAGUCACAGACAUCGAGUAACCCAGCAUCACCAAGAAAACUUAGUGGAGGAGCAACUACUAUAAAGGGACCUUUGGGACGAGUACAGACACGUCCAAGAGGUGACUCGAUUGCUGACAAGUGGGAUAUUGGUAGUAGACGUUCACAAUCACUCAAUAUGCAGAGAGUAGAGGGAGAGUUUAUGUUCCAACGUACACCAGUCAGUCCACUCAAAAAACCCAACCAAAAUAUGGAAAAGGUGUUGGUGCAUAUCUCCUUGGUCGACCAUUCCCACAAAGUUCUAUGUGUCACUGAAGACUUUUUCGUGCAAGAUGUGAUCCAGUCAUUUGCACAGAAACUCGGUCUUGUACAAACCGAGUUCUUUUCAUUGUCGGAACCUACUCCAGACGGCUGUGACCGUUGGUUAGACCCAUCCAAACUUAUCAAGGAUGCUGGUAUCCAUAACCUGUCCAAACUUGUCUUUAAGAUUCGGUUCUUUAAACAACCCAAGAAACUGACUGAUUCCAAGGCCGUACAUCUAUACUACCUCCAAAUCCAACAAGCAGUAGUCCAAGGUAUCUAUCCAUGUUCUGAAGCCAUGUCACUUAGAUUGGCAGCACUCCAAUUUUACAUCACCUUUGGUGCACAUGACAAAGACCAACAUGUAGCUGGAUUCAUUGACCAUGCUACACUCGAAGGAUUCAUUCCUCAAGAACACUUUUUCGAUAACUCUGACGAGUACAUCCAACGUCGUCUCUAUCGUCUCCACUCUCAAAUCAAAUGUAAUUCCGUCAUUGAAGCCAAACUUCGAUACCUCGAUCUCUCCAACAAGAUUCCAACCUUUGGUGUCACUGCCUUUAAAGUUCAUGAUUAUGUUCGUGUCGACAGUUCAUCAGUCAGACAUCAACGUACUCUUUGUGUUGCAGAAGAUGGUCUAUUAAUUUCAAGAAAAGAUAGAAGAGGAUUUGAUUUCUUCCCAUUUAAAGGUUUAUCAAGUUGGACUGUUACAUCAAGAGGUGUUCAAAUUCAAAUUCCAUUUAUUUAUGUUACUCCAAAUUCAUCAGAAUUAAUGAUAUUUGAUACAACAUCAAAUGAUCAAUCAAAUAAUAUAGUUGAUUUAUUAACUGGAUAUAAAUAUUUUGUACAACAUGAAGAAAGUUUAAAGGGUCUAUGUCCACCUCCCCAAGUUGAUUUUUCAAUCUCUAGUCAAUUUGCUCUUUUCCAACCACCAAGACCAAGACAAAAAUCAGAUCCACUUAGAAGUAGAUUAGAAUUAUUUAAAUCUAUUUAUUUAACAUUAUGUCAAAAUUAUCGUACAAAACAUAUAUUAAAAUUUGUUGAUCAAAUUGAUGAAUUGUUGGACAAGGAAGGAUCAUUUAGACAAAAAUUAUUAUAUUCAACCAUUGAUUUAUCAAGUUCUAGUAUUAGAGCAAACGAUAUAUCAUUUAUUGGUGAUGCAUUGAGAGAUGCCUUUAAUACUCCAAUUGAAGAAGGUGAGACCAUUGUUGAAAAUCUUGCCAUUACAAGUAUUGAUUUAUCAAAUAAUCCUUUAAUGGGUGGUGAUUUGGCUGAACCUUUAAAAAUAAUACUUGAAACAUCACCAAAUAUAGUUCAUAUUAAUUUAAAGAAUAUUGGGCUUGCAGGUAAAGGAAUAGGAAAUGUAGUAUCAAUUUUGGAAAAGAAAAAGAAUAUUCAAACAUUGCAUAUUGGAAAGAAUAGAUUAGCCGAUAUUGGUGUAAAGUCUAUUCUCAAAUCACUCAAGCAAUCGACCAUUUCAACGUUGGGUUUGGAAGAGACUGCCAUUUUUGACGAGGGAUGUAUUAUUAUUCAAAAACUAUUGCAAAAGAAUAGGACCUUGACAUCUUUGAACAUCUCAAAGAAUAAGAUCACCGAGAAUGGAUUCAAAGUCAUGUUUGAGGGGUUGAGAAACAACCAAGUGUUGAGCGAGUUGUAUCUCAGUGGCAAUCCGAUUGGACACAAAUAUAUCAACCGAUUCCUCCAAUGGAUUUCAACAAACAAUAAUCAAUUAACAAAACUUGCCAUUGCAAGCACAUCGCUCAACAGUAACUCUGGUGCAGAGAUUUUAAAGAUUCUCACUGGAAACACUUGUCGUUUGAGCGUAUUGGACGUUUCACUCAAUCAUCUUGGCCCUGAUGGAUCAAAACAUGUCAUCAAUGGCAUUGCCAAUAACAAUACCAUCCUUGAUGUUUCCCUCAGUGGUAAUAAGAUUAGUACACUUGGAUGUAAUGAAUUAUGUAAUUCAUUGGAAUUAUCUGCAUCUUGUAUUAUUACUAAAUUAUCUCUUAGAUUUUGUAAUUUAAAUUCUAAAUCAAUUUAUAGAAUUUGUAAAAUGUUAGAGACAAACAAAACUAUUACUCAGCUUGAUUUAUCAUUAAACAAAUUUUCUAAAUCAUCAUGUCAAGCAUUAUCACAAUCUUUACCAUCAAAUACUACUUUGGAAGAGUUUUUCAUUACAAAUUGUGAGAUUGGACAUAAGGAAUUUGCAGCCAUUCUACCAGGUCUUCAAAUGAAUUCAAGUAUCAAGAAAUUGUAUCUUGAUUUCAAUCCAAUUGGAAACAAGGGAAUUCGGUUGUUGUGUGAUGUCAUCAACAAUAACAAUUCAAUGGAAGUGAUAACCAUUAGAAAUGCUGAAAUUCAUGCCAAGGAGGUACUAGAGUUCCUCAAGGGUUUAAACACCAACAUCACACUUCACAAGUUGAAUUUGACAGAGAAUCCAAUCUUUGGUAGUCGUGUCAAUCCAGCCAUCAAAUCAAAAAUUGAAGAAAAUCUACAAAGACUUGCAAGAUCAAAUAUUCAACUUUAA